GGUGAAAUAUUUUCCAAGAAGCGUCAGUAUUUUGCAAGAAAACAGUGGAAAAAGUAAUUAAAAACAUCUAAUACAAUUAUCUAUGAUGGCGACGGGUCUUUCUGGUCUUGCCGAUGCUGCAAUGUGCUCAAUAUGUCUGGAAAGCUUCGUCGAAGCCAGAGUUCUCCCGUGUGUACACUCCUUUUGUACGAAAUGUCUUGAAGAUCUCGUUAAUGAACAGCAAAUGAUAACAUGUCCUGAAUGUCGACGGGAAUUUCAUGUUCUUAAUGGUGAUGUUUCUACCUUAAAUCUUAACUUUGCUCUCAAUAAUAUUCUUGGUGAAUUAAACAGAAUACCUUCAUUGUCAGAAUCCGAACCUUUAAAUACAAACACCAAAUAUUGCACCUUGCAUCCUGAGAGUGUCUGUGAAUUGUUCUGCAGAGAUUGCUCAAAGCUGAUCUGCUAUAAGUGUGUUUCGCAUUGGGGUACCUGUGGUCAACAUUCAUAUAAUGACAUCACAACAGUUGUAGAGGAAUGUCGGUUAAGUGUUAGAGAUUGGGCACUAAAGAAAAACAACUCGUUAUCUCGGGUGAUGAAACAUUCUUCGGCCCUUGCUGAAGUACGAGAUGCACAGACAGCUGACUUUCUUCAAGUGACAAAAGUUAUCACUGAUACCUUCGAGAUGCACAUUGACAGUCUAAAAAGUAGACAAGAAGCAAUGCUACAAAGAGCUUUUGAUAUCCAUGAAAAGAACCUUGCUGACCUCACACUUGAAGUAGAUAGACUUUCCAUAAAGCAGGCCACUAUGGAAAGUGAAAUUGGUGUAUGUAACAACAUGAUCUGCCUUGAUGAUCCAACGCAAUUUCUACAGGAAUAUAAUAGGCUCAAGAAUAAGCAACUGUUUAUGGAAGAUACACUGCCUGAACAUUUGGUGUCCCAUUUCAACCUCAGUUCACUAUAUUUUAAUGCAAACAACCUGUUACUGGCUGAUGUCAUUGCAAAUUUUGGUGAGAUUUCAUUGGUUGGAGAUGGUGCAAAUGAGUACAAGGAGGCUGAGGAGAGAGCGCCUCAAGCAGAAAGGGUAGAGGAAAGAGCACCUCAAGCUGAAAGGCCUACAUUACAACAGCAGCAACGAUUUACCCAUGAUUUUCGCAGACCAGCUUUUGCACGAGCGCAAAGUGAACCUGUUACGGAACAAGAGCAAGCAACCAGAAAUAUCAAAUGGAAACUAGGCCCCAAAAGAGUGCAGCACAAUGCUGAUCUAAAAUUUUUUGAUAAUGACUUCACUGUGCGUUCCACUUCCACCACAAGCUCUGCUAUUGUUGGCAAACCUGGUAUUAAAAAUGGAAAGCAUUCGUGGAUUUUCUCUGUUUCUGGCUUCCCUAAUGGUUUUGGAGUUGGCAUAAGCAUCGGUUUGUUUGGUCAAGGCACAUGUGUGAUGUACGAUUCUCAAAAAGCAGGAACCAUGCAUGUGAAGUUGGACUGUGCUGCUAAGAAACUUUCUAUUUGGCCAAAUGGUGCCAGACAACCUGAUUUGUUGUGUUUUGAAAAUCCUUGCGGAUGGGAGAUACAUCCCUACUUUUACCUUAGUCCUUGCAAUAAAAACACUGAAAAUUAUAUUAAAAUCACAAGCAUUGAUGGCAUUGACAUUAAAGAUGACUCUUGCUGCAUAUUAUGAAGAGAAAAUGAACACUUCUUUAAAACUUUCUUCAUGAUGAAUUAAAAUCACCAUUGUAACAUAGGUAGUUUCACUUUGUAUGUACAAAAUGUUUCAAACACUUGAAUUAGUAUGAAUGUAAUGUAAUUUAAGUUACCCAGUUGUAUUUACCAGAUUGUUACCAAUUAAAAACUAUACUGGUUGA